AUGCCUCCCAAACUUACACCUCCUGUACAAACCAUCCGAGGGGUCCGACUCGGAGGUAAAACCGACCCAAAAUCCACCUGGGACAUCACAUUAGAAUAUCCCUCAAACUCACCAAAGGGAGUAAUAUCUUCUAUCAAACCCAACAAUAACACCAAUAUCACCGCUCCCUCUCCUCCCUUCGCCCUCCCCUCUCUCGUCCAUCCGCAUAUCCACCUCGACAAACCCUACAUCCACAAUACCCCCGCAUACAGCUCCCUCCUCCCAAAAACAGGCUCAUUCCAAGAAGCUCUAUCCUCAACAACCCAGGCCAAGGCCCAAUUCACAAGGCCCGACCUCCUCAGGCGUGGGGAAUGGCUUCUCGCCGAGUCUGUCGCCGCAGGCGUCACAGCCAUGCGCGCCUUUGUCGAAGUUGAUCAUACCGUCCAGCAUACAUGUCUUGAGGCCGGGCUGUCGCUAAAGGAAAAAUGGAAAGACUCGUGCGAGAUUCAACUUGUUUGCUUCGCGCAGGAUCCGGUCUUUUCGACGGAAUUUGGGGAGCAGAAUAGGUCCUUGGUCGAAGAGGCUAUUCGUCAGUAUUCGCCAGGGCAGGUUGGCGUCCUGGGGACGACGCCGUAUGUUGAGACGAGUAUCGGGGCAGCGAAGCGGAAUAUAGGAUGGGCGGUUGAACUGGCGAUGGAGACUCGUCGACAUCUGGAUUUCCAUCUCGACUAUAACCUUUCGCCGCCGGAGGAGCAGCCCGAGCCACUUGUCUGGUAUGUCCUGGACACCCUCCGUGAGAAAGGGUGGACGUCUCGAUCUACAAGCAGGCGGGUCAUGCUAGGCCACUGUACGCGUCUUUCGCUCUUCAAAGAAGAAGACUGGACUCGUCUUGCAAGAGAGAUCCACGACGACGACCUCCCAGUGAGUUUCGUGGGCCUCCCCACGAGCGAUCUCUACAUGGCCGCUGCGCCCUUGCCAUCAGGCGGCGGAACCAAAAUCAACCCAAGAGGGACACUUCCUAUCCCCGACCUGAUAAAAAAGUACGCCCUCGACGCCGUGCUCGGCGUAAAUAACGUCGGAAACGCAUUUACCCCCUGGGGCUCUGCAGAUCCCCUAAGCCUAGCCUGCCUAGGCGUGGGAAUCUACCAAGCCGGCACAGUCGCUGAUGCAGAGUUACUCUAUGAAUGCGUAUCUACGCGUGCGCGUGCUGCGAUUGGGUUAUCCGAAUCUCCAUCCCCGUCAUCCGCUUCGGAUUCGGAUAUGUCUAGGUCAGAUUCCGGUGUGCGUUUGAGAUGCGGGGAUUGCGCGGAUAUCCUACUAGUGUAUGAUGUAGAUGAAACUGGGUGUUUUGGCCAGUGUAAUAGUGAGAGUAAAAGUGAGGGCCAGAGUGAGGGUCAGAGUCAGGCUCGGUCAAGGAGGACUGUGGCUGAGGUUGUUUGGGACCCGCCAUCGAAAGCGACAAGGACGGUUGUAAGUCGAGGCCGCGUGAAAACGGGAGCGCUGUUGAGGGGCUCUGACUGGGGGUUUCCGUCCGUAGAGUAG